AUGCUGUAUAGAAAGCUGUGCAUCAGCAGUGUACAAGAGGCUUUUUCCAUAAAAGAGAGAGGGAGAGAGAGAGAGAUAAGAGCUAAAGUUUUAUUCUCAUUUUCAUAUGCUUUUUGCCCUCUACCAUCCCCGCCUUUAUUUAUCUUAACCCAACUAACUCAAUCUUCGGUUUUCGAACCCAGGUUGGAUGUACUUAUCACAAUGGCAGUUCCUUUCUUAAUAUUUUUUUUAGAUGCUUUCGUCAUAGGGUCCUCUGUGGUUACUCUUACGGUUACUCUUACUAGAAAGAGAAUGGCUAGGGAUUCUUGGCCCUACUUUGAUCCUGAGUACGAGACACUGAGCAUCAGAAUAAACCCUCCACAGGUUUCUGUGGACAAUUCUAGUUGCAAAAAAUGUACUCUUGUCAAGGUUGACAGCAUGAACAAGCCAGGGAUACUGCUGGAAGUGGUGCAAAUUCUUAGUGACCUUGAUCUCAUAAUUACCAAAGCUUACAUCUCCUCAGAUGGCGGUUGGUUUAUGGAUGUUUUCCAUGUCACUGAUCAACACGGGCAUAAGAUUAGCGACGGAAGGACCAUUGAUUACAUAGAAAAGGCUUUAGGACCCAAAAGCUACACCUCAGACAUAAUGAAGUCUUUGCCUGGGAAGCGGGUGGGGGUGAACAAUAUAGGUGAUUAUACAGCCAUUGAGCUUAUUGGCAGGGACCGCCCCGGUCUCUUGUCGGAGAUUUUUGCUGUACUUUCUGAUCUCCACAUCAAUGUUGUUGCUGCCGAAGUUUGGACUCACAACAGGCGGAUAGCAUGCGUCCUUUAUAUUAAUGAUGAUACUACUAUCCAUAAUGUGGAUGAUGCAUCUCGGCUAUCUUCUCUCGAGGAGCAGCUGAAAAACAUUCUUUGCGGGUGCGGAGACGAUGAGAAAGUGGCUCGUACAAGUUUUUCCGUGGGUUCAACCCAUGUUGAUAGACGACUUCAUCAAUUGUUGUUUGCUGAUAGGGAUUAUGAAGAUAUGCAGUAUGUUGUUUUUCAUGCUACAAUCUCAUCAGAUGGCCCCUAUGCCUUGCAGGAAUAUUAUAUACGACGCAUGGAUGGUUGCACUGUAGACAUUGAAGAAGAAAGAGAUAAGGUAAUCAAAUGUCUUGAAGCUGCAAUUCGGCGAAGAGUAAGUGAGGGUCUGAGCUUGGAGCUAUGUGCAAAGGAUCGAGUAGGGCUGCUUUCUGAUGUAACAAGAGUUCUUCGAGAAAAUGGGUUGUCAGUGAUGAGAGCUGGUGUUACAACUGUUGGGGAUCAAGCGAUACAUGUGUUCUACGUGAGCGAUGCUGCUGGGAAUCCUGUAGAUAUGAAGACUAUCGAAGGACUACGCCAAGAAAUUGGAAACAAUAUGAUGCUUAAUGUGAAGAAAGUCCCAACAAAUACGAAAUCCCUUGAAUCGAGUGGAUGGCCGAAGAAGAGCUUUUUAUUUGGAAGUUUACUGGAGAAGUUUCGUUCUUGA